AUGGCGUCCAUCUCCUUCUCCUUGCCCAAGGCAUCCCUCUUCAAGUUCCCACCCGCCACCAACCCAGGCUUCGUUCCUCCUCCCCCAGCCGGCCCCAACUCCUCGACAGUCUUUAACAUUCCCGAUGAUGUCUACUACGCCUGGUUGGACCCCAAGGUCCCUCUCACGAUCGCUACCGUCUACGCCGUGACCGCCAAGCUCCUCAACAUCUACAACAAGUCCACCGGCAAGAAGCCCUGGGCCAUCAGCAAGACCAGGCCUUUCCACUGGUUCGUCAUUGCCCACAAUGUCUUCCUCGCUGUAUACUCGGCCUGGACCUUCAUUGGCAUGCUCGGUGCUGUCCGCCGCUCCUUCGUGAGCCCCUUCGGUCCAGAGGGCCUUGCUGGUUUCGUCGACUCCGUCUGCCGCAUCAACGGUCCCGCUGGUCUCAGCAACUCUGUCUUCUACAACGAUGAGGCUGGUGCUUUCCAGACCUACUCUCCCCACGUCACCCUCGGUGCCGAUGGCAACCCCAGCCGCUUCGACUCUGGCCGUCUGUGGAACGAGGGUCUUGCUUUCUACGGCUGGAUCUUCUACCUCUCCAAGUUCUACGAGGUCGUUGAUACCCUCAUCAUCCUCGCCAAGGGCAAGCUUAGCUCCACUCUCCAGACCUACCACCACGCCGGUGCUAUGCUCUGCAUGUGGGCUGGUAUGCGCUACAUGUCCACUCCUAUCUGGGUCUUCUGCUUCGUCAACUCCUUCAUCCACGCCCUGAUGUACACCUACUACACCGUUACUGCCUUCAAUAUCCGCGUUCCUACCCCCAUUAAGCGGACCCUCACCAGCAUGCAGAUUACCCAGUUCCUUCUCGGUGCCUCCUACGCCAUCGUCCACUCCUUCGUCUCCUACACUAUCCCCGUUGUUGUCGCCAACCCCGAGAAGACUGCUUCCGCUGUCGAGGCCGCCAGCACUGUUGUUGACAGCCAGAAGGUCCUUGUCUUUGGCAAUGCUACUCGUGUCGACGCCGCUGAGGCCACCUAUGGCCAGCGCGUUGUUCCCUGCGUCACCAGCAACAACUCCACCUUUGCCAUCUGGCUCAACGUCUUCUACCUUGCUCCUCUCACCUAUCUCUUCAUCUCUUUCUUCAUCGAGAGCUACACGCGCCGCAGCAACGCUGCUGAGAAGACCAAGAACGCUAAGCCCGUUGACAACGUCGCCAUGGCUGAGAAGGCAGGGUGGGAGGCUGCCAAGAAGAUGGAGGGUGAGGUCUAUGGUGAGACUAAGGAGGACACCUACGAGGCUCGCACCACCCGCUCUGCCUCCAAGCGUACCCUUCGCCAGCGCGCUUAA